CAAAAUUGCUCGAGUAGUAAAAACAACUUUUUUUCUUCUUUUAUUAUUAUUAUUAUUAUUAUUAUCAUUUAUUAACAUGUCCCGUGGUUCUCCUAUUACUGACGAAGAAUUAAAAAGCCUUAAAGAAGCUUUUGCAUUGUACGACACUGAAAACAAAGGAUCUAUUGACCAUAAGCAUUUUGGAACGAUCCUCAAGAGUCUUCAUAUUGAGCACAAUGAUGAAAAGGUUAAGAAGAUUGUAGAAAAGUCAGAUAAGAACCAUGACGGCCAUAUUGACUUUGACGAAUUCGUAAGUGCCAUGACACAUUUCUUGACACCCGAAAUUACUGAAGAGCCCGAGCAAGUCGAGGACAAGACACGAGAUAUUCAAGUUACCAAGCAAAAGUCAAGAGAAAACUAUUCCCGUUGUCUAAGCAGACAUGAGAAAGACGAGUUGAAACAGUUGUUUGGUAAAUUUGACAAGAAUGGUGAUGGUCAAAUUUCAGAAGACGAGUUAAAGGAAGUGAUGAAGGGCUUAGGCGAAAAACUAUCGGACCAAGAAAUUAAGGAUAUGAUGAAUGAUGCUGACACAAACCAGGAUGGUUUCAUUGACUUUAAUGAAUUUGCUGCCUUGACACCAAAAGAUCCAGAAAAGCAACAACAGAAAAAAUAGAACUAUGAUAAAUAUGGAUGUUUUGUCAUACAAAUCCUAAUUAAAAAAAAAAAAAAAAAAACUGCUCUAC